AUGCCUCCAGACCGAGAACCCAACGAGACAUCCCCUCUGCUGAGAGCGCAGGGGGAUGCCCACCCUCCCUCCACGGGGGCCAUUGCCUCGCAGUGUGACGAAGAGCAGGCAAAGGAGCCGUUCCCCGAUGCGCGGAAGCAGCUGAAAUAUAUUGUCCCUGCAAUUUCCCUGGGAAUUUUUCUCUCCGCCGCAGAUCAGACAAUCAUCAUGGCCAGCUAUGGUCAAAUCGGCAGUGAUCUCAAAGCUUUAAAUUUGACGAGCUGGAUUGCAACUUCAUACUUUCUCACUCUCACCUCGUUCCAACCACUAUAUGGCAAGUUGUCCGAUAUCUUCGGCCGCAAGCAAUGCCUGCUUUUCGCGUAUGCCAUUUUUGGAAUAGGGAAUCUGUUCUGCGGGCUGGCUCGCAAUAUCAAUGAGUUGAUUGCUGCGCGGGUCUUCCAAGGGAUUGGUGGCGGUGGUAUGACUACCGUGGUCAGUAUUCUGAUGAGUGAUAUUGUCCCGCUGCGGGAUCGGGGCUUGUGGCAGGGUAUUAUCAAUAUUAUCUAUGCCACUGGCUCGGGCACGGGUGCGCCGUUAGGUGGAAUAUUGGCUGAUUACAUUGGCUGGCGCUGGGCUUUCCUAGCACAAUUUCCUCUGUGCAUUAUUGCCUUUAUCGCCGUAUCCUUCAUGUUGAAGCUCCCGCCCCGUGAAAACGCCCACUGGAAGACCAAGCUCCGGCGCAUCGAUUUCCUCGGCGCUAUCGUCCUCGUCGGUGCCGUAUUCGGUUUCCUGCUGGGUCUGGACCGAGGCAGCAACGUCUCCUGGAAGAUGCCGAUCACGAUCAUCUCGCUGAGCGUCUCAGUUGUGCUAUUCGUGCUCUUCCUCCUGGUCGAGAUCUACCUCGCGGCUGAGCCCUUUGCGCCGGGACACAUCAUCUUCGACCGGACCUUCUUUGCUUGCUACUGCUGCAAUUUCUUCAGCUUUGGAGGCUGGCUCGCUGCGCUGUUCUAUAUCCCGUUGUAUUUCCAGGCAGUCGAUGGCGUAUCUGCCACUGUCGCGGGUCUACGUUUGCUUCCUAGUAUCCUAGCCGGCGUGACCGGUUCUUUGUUCGCGGGUUUUGUCAUGAAAUGGUCUGGAAAGUAUUACUGGCUGACUGUUGCUGCAUACACUUCUCUGACAACGGGGUGUUUCUGUGUCUGUCUUUUCUCGGGCGCUGCUGUGGAAAGCACGGUUAUGAUGAUUAUGGGAAUGGUCAUGGCCGCGUUUGGCAAUGGCAUCGGAGUUACGUCGACCUUGAUUGGCCUGAUUUCAAACGCUACACACGAAGACCAGGCCGUGGUGACAGCCUGCUCAUAUCUCUUCCGUUCCCUGGGCUCCGUCAUCGGCCUGUCGCUAUCAUCGACCGUAGUCCAACAACUCCUCCGCGCUCGACUACGCUCCGAACUACACAGCAGCAAAGACAUCGACCAGAUUGUCGACGGCGUUCGAGAGAGUCUCGAUUUCAUCAAGAAACUCGAUCCCGAAGUCGCCCGGAUCGUGCGCAACUGCUACGGCUGGUCCACGAACAAGGGCUUCGGCUUUAUGGUGGUGGUGGUGUUUUUCGCGCUGUUUAGCAGCUUCUUCAUUCGGGAGAGUAAGCUGAAUCGCUGA